UUUCUCUUAUCUUCCACACUUUGUCAAUGCAUGGGCACCCUAUGGGAGGGACUAAAGCGUGCAUCACCUACGGGGAAUACAAAUUAACUCUAAGCACAGGCUUGGAUACGAUAACAUUUUUAGCCUGAAUAUAUCGUUUUAUCCUGCGUGUGGAAUAGCUGUGCUGAGUCGCGGCGUGAUUGAGCUGAAAGGCAGCUGGCACUUGCACCAACAGUGCAAUGGCCAGCCCAGAUGUGGCAGAGCCAGUGGCUCAAAGCUCGACGGCCCAAAACCUGGCCAGAAGGCGCUUUUCGCGUGACGCCCAAGGUCUGAGUCCAGACGAGAUAGAUGGCCUCAUGUCCAGCAGUGAGGGCCGUCCCUUCCUUGUGGUGCAUCAUCUUCCUGAAAUAAAAGAGGAGGGCAUACCUCCCCUAAUGCCUGGGAUUCCUAUUACAUGCAGAGUGGAGAACACAGAGAAACACACUACUCGCUCAAAGGUCCAUGUAGGCACCCUAUACACAGUGCAGCUAACACAUGGCCACUUCCACUGGAUAGUUAAGAGGAAGUACAAGCACUUCCAGGAGCUGCAUCGAGACCUUUACAAGCACAAGAUGAUGCUUCACUUGCUGCCUCUGGGAAGAUUUGCAAAGGAGAGGCAGCAGCUGAGAGCUAUGUCAGAGGAAAUGCCCAGCCUACACGGGACUGAACGGACCAGGAGGACCUCUAGCAAAUUGAAAUACCUCGAGGAGUACCUGAAUGGUCUGCUGGAGAACUCAUUUUGUAGGAAUGAUCACAGCAUGAUGGAAUUUCUCUCUGUCGGAGCUCUCUCCUUCGUCACUGAUCUCGGACCCAAAGGCUUGGAGGGACCCAUCUUCAAGAGGUCAGGGGGUCACCGGAUCCAAGGCCUGAACUGCAUUGGCCAUCAUCAGUUCUGUUUUCGCUGGUCACGGCGCUGGCUGGUGGUGAAAGACUCCUUCCUGAUGUAUAUGAACCGAGACAACGGCCACAUCAACUUUGUGUUGCUGUUUGACCCAGAGUUCAAAGUAAAAGUGGGCCGCGCUCACACAGACACCAGAUAUGGAGUUUGCUUUGAGAACUUCUCUCGGAGUCUGAUCAUCAAGUGCAGCAACUAUAGACAGACUCAUUGGUGGAGUCAUGAAAUCAACCGGCUGGCAGAAACCUGUGACUUUCUCAAAGUGCAUCGCUUCGAGGGUUUUGCUCCACCACGGGAGAACACACUCACUAAAUGGUAUGUGAAUGGAGGUGGCUACUUUGCAGACCUGGCUGAUUCUCUCGAACAAGCCAGGGAGGAAAUCUUCAUCACAGAUUGGUGGCUCAGCCCUGAAGUGUUUCUAAAGCGACCAGCAACUGACAACUACUGGCGUCUAGAUGAAAUCCUCAAACGCAAAGCAGAACAAGGAGUCAAAGUGUGUGUCCUGCUGUACAAAGAGGUGGAGCUAGCACUUGGCAUCAAUAGUGAGCACAGCAAGAGGACUCUUAUGAAUAUGCACCCAAACAUCAAGGUAAUGCGACAUCCUGACCAUGUGUCCUCUGUGGUGUUCCUGUGGGCUCACCAUGAAAAGAUGGUGGCUAUUGACCAAACGGUGGCCUUUGUGGGGGGGAUUGACCUGGCGUUUGGGAGGUGGGAUACCAACCAGUACCAGCUAACUGACCUGGGAUUGACGGCCAACAGUGUAACUGAUGGGGAGCCAAAAGGAGAUAAAGGAGGUAAUGGUGUGGCUGAUGGUCCCAAACCAUCUGAACCAGAUAAGCAAGCAGAGCAGGACCCUUAUGAUCUGACCUGCAACAAUAAACUGUGGCUUGGCAAAGACUACAGCAACUUUAUCAGGAAAGACUGGGUCCAACUGGACAGACCCUUUGAAGAUAACAUCGACCGUACUCAAGUUCCCCGCAUGCCGUGGCGUGAUCUGUCUGCAGCUGUUCAUGGCAGAGCUGCCAGGGAUGUAGCCCGCCACUUCAUCCAGCGCUGGAACUUCACCAAGAUCUUCAAAAACAAGUACAAGGACGAGUUCUACCCUUACCUUCUUCCCAAGUCUCACUGCACUGCUGAUUCACUCUCAUUCACUGUGCCUGGAUCCAAGAAGGCCAAAGUGCAGGUGUUGCGCUCUGCCGACCGUUGGUCUACUGGAACCUGUGAGAACUCGAUCCUCAAGGCCUACAUCCACACCAUCGAGAACAGCGAGCACUACAUCUACAUCGAGAACCAGUUCUUCAUCAGCUGUGCCGAUGGGAAGACUGUCCAUAAUGGGAUCGGUGAUGCAAUUGUGAAUCGAAUCUUGCGUGCACACAGAGAGCAGAAGAAGUACAGAGUGUUUGUGGUGAUUCCUCUACUUCCUGGAUUUGAGGGAGACAUCGGUGCAGGAGGUGGAAAUGCCAUCCAAGCUAUUUUGCACUUCACUUUCAGGACCAUGUGCCGAGGGGAGCACUCCAUCCUGUCAAGACUUAGUGAAGUUAAGGACCUGUGGACGGAGUACAUCACACUCUGCGGCCUGAGAACACAUUCCCAGCUCUCCCAGUCCCUUGUCACAGAGCUCAUCUAUGUUCACAGCAAGACCCUCAUUGCCGAUGACCGCUGCUAUAUCAUUGGAUCCGCAAACAUCAAUGACCGCAGCAUGCUGGGCAGCAGAGACAGUGAGAUGGCAGUGUUUGUGGAAGAUGAAGAGCGUGUCCUUUCUAUCAUGGGAGGGCAGGAGUACCAGGCAGGACCCCUCACCCUCACUCUGCGUAAACAGUGUUUCAGUGUUCUUGUUGGAGCUUCUUCAGACCCAAGUAUCAAUGUUGAUGAUCCAAUCAGCGAUGAAUUCUUCUUCUUGAACUGGAAUGCACCUGCUAAACUGAAUGCCACCAUUUAUGACAAGGUCUUCAAAUGCCUGCCCCACAACUCUGUCCACAACAUGCGAGAGCUGAAGGAGUACUCCAGCAAGGAGCGCCUCUGUGACACAGACCCUGAGCAGGCCAUAGAGGAGCUGAAGGCCGUCCGAGGGCUGCUGGUCCACUUCCCCCUGAGGUUCCUGUGUGAGGAGAACCUGCUGCCUCCACUGGGCACUAAAGAAGGCAUGGCUCCUGUCGGCCUGUGGACAUAACCGCAGCUCAGCCCAGAUCAGACCACUACGUAACAGUUAAAGGGCUGCUGUACCACAUGCUCCUCUUUGUCGUUUCUAAUGCUCAGCACAGUACACUAAACCCAAGUUCUUUGUGCAUCAUUGAUGUUUUUUAUAUUGUCUUUUUGACUGACAAUGAGCUAGCUUGAACAUAACCACUGAAAUGUAGAUUUUAUUAUGAUUUAAAACUUUAGAAAAUUAGUAGAUUCACCUGAACUGGACAGUUUAUUCACGACGAUAGUGUCUGCCUCAUACCUUGCACUACAGUGCAAUCUGAACUGCAGGGCUGGCGGUGGUGUUAAACACACAUAAAUGAAUGUGUGAGUCAGGAGAGGAUUGCGAGUUUGUAUUGGAAAUCAAGCAUCUCACAUGAUCUGGGAACAUAGUGUACAUUUAUUGGUGCAAGGUUUUUGGGUGGGUGGCUCUCUCUCUCUCUCCCUCUCUCCCUCCCUCCCUCUGAGGCUUCACCUCUUACUGCAGUGCCAGCAAAUCUGUCAGAACAUUUGUGGUUGUUAUGGUGACAGAUAUAAAGAGAUGACUGAAUUGUAGCUGAAAUAAAGACUGGAUAGAGCAGAAAUGGGAGAGUACUGAGAAGAGGGAUAACCUACUAAAUCAGGAUGGUGUAUUGGAAAAUCGAAAGUAUUAUUGAAAUCGGAUAGAGAAAAGUCAUUUUAAUAUUUUUGGAUGAAAGAUUGGGUGGGAAAACUGUGAGAGGGGAAAAAAAGGAGGAAAAGAUAAUAAAAGGGUGCUAGGUUGAUUUACCGUUAAUUGUUUUUGUCUUUUAAAGGCACCAUGACAACCAGAUUUAAUUAUUAUUUCACCAUGUCAGCAGAACAGAACAUUCCACUAUCUACUUCAGCUAUUUCCAUGUGGGCUCCACAAUUCUAAUUAAUAAUAUAAUAAUAAAUAAUAAUCAUUCUGUGUCCAGGUGCCAUCAAAUUUCUUGCAAAUCUAUAUUCAUUUUCAUGCACCAGGCUUUAAUUAAGGCAUUACAUUUGGCCAUAACACUAUAACUGAGUAGUGACAUAAUGUGGCUUUCAUUCAUGGUGCAAUUCCAAUUGAGCAACAUUGAGUCAUAUUUUUAGCCUUACACCACAAUAUAUUUAUUUAUAUAUUAUAUACAAUUAUAUUUUUUUAAAUAUAAAAUUACACCUUAAAACCUGCUAAUUCCCUUUACUGAGCCAUGAGGAACUGUGUUGAGCAAGUCUUGUACUGGACAAAUAUGUAGCAUACCCCUUUUGAAACAUUACAUUGGCUGAUUUGGAAAUAUGUAACAAUUCAGCAGAACAUACAGCAGAUGCUGCCUUCCUCAUAUAGAAAAGCAGGACCUGGGUUACUUUUAUGCAAUAACAAAACGUGAUGCAUGAUUCCAUUCCAUUAGCUGUAAGACAUGGGUGACAGAAAAAUUGUUUGACCAAGGUGGGAGGAAGUGAGUAAUUGCUGUAUCCUGAGAUUGAACACUUGGGGAAACACAAUGUUUACAUGUUUGAAGGUUUCUUACAUGACACACAUUCAUGCCAAGUUUUAUCAGUGCCUCUGCAAAGCACUUGUAUCAUGUCAAGGUUUUUAGAGUGUUUAAAGAACAACCAGCAAAGAGGCAGACAAUAGGCAGUAUAUGAAACUUUUGAAUGGGACUUUAUGUUUUAUAUUCCUAACCUUUUGCUGUUGUUCUCAUUGGACAUUGAACAUGUUCAAUGUAUUUUAAAGAGACCUGUAUGUUAAUGGUUACUUGAAGUGAUAAUCCAGUUCAUAAUCCUAAAAAGUGGAAAUUUGCUGAACCUAUGACAGAACCAGUGAAACUGUACAGACUUAAUCAUACGCUUUCAAGACAUGCCCACAAGUCAACAACACUACCAAGGUGGUUUCAGUGCAUACGUGUCUGUGAAUCUAACAGAUGCCAAGUGUCCCACGUGAAUGCCGCCUUGCCUCUACAUGUAGCCCCUUUCACAGAGGAGCUAGGAAAACCAUAUGUGUUCAGAAAUUGCUGGCUUCAGAACUAGUCACACUUUCCUUCAGAAGGUAUUAAAAGGCCACUUUGAUCCCGUGCACACUAGAAGCUGGGUAUUUAGUCUCUCUUAUAAAGCACAAAAUGGUUGCCUUGAGGGUUAUUCUUUGUUUAAAAGAUCCAGAAGAAAUGUCUGUGAUAUACUGAGAAGUAACCUUAUACUGUUUCUAUCAUGAAUUUUAUUUUUAUUCAACUAAUAGCCAGCAUUACCAAUAUAUUUUUAUGAAUACAUUACUAAUAGAUGAUUGUGUUUUUAACUUUUCCCUAUAAUCCAUUAACAGUCACUACUUGAAAACCUUUGUGUAUGCAAAUCUGGGUUUAGUUUAUUACCUUAGAGUUGCUAAUGUAUAGGUUACUAACACUCAGGUGUAGAGAGAUAAUACAUAUUCUUACUCAAUCACUUACAUGUAAGUACAGUCAACUUGUACUUUCAGGUUUGUUACUUUUCUUGUUUCCUCAAUAAACUUGUUUUUUUUUAAUGAUUUU